AUGGCUGCCCAGGCGGCCGAGACCCCGAAUGGGAACUACAAGCCCAGAUAUGUUGACAUUGGAAUCAAUUUAUCCGACCCCAUCUUCAGAGGCAGAUAUCAUGGCCACCAGAAACACCCCGAUGACCUCUCCGGAGUCAUCGACCGAGCCCGACAGGUGGGAUGUACCAAGCUCAUGGUUACAGGAUCAGACAUCGAGAACUCCCGAGAGGCUUUAAAACUAGCACUAGAAUACCGCACACACGAUGCUAACGGACGCGAACGACCAGCCGGAACCUGCUACGCAACAGUAGGCAUCCACCCAUGCAGCAGCGCCAUCUUCGGCGUGGCAGACCUCAGGAAGAAGCAGAGCGAGCACACAACUCCGUGUGAGGACGACCCUUAUGCUCCCAUGUCAGAAGAACACCAGCCUGACACCGCGAGGUCGGCGCAUGCCAUCGAACAGCUCACUACCGCCGUGGCGCAAGCAAGGUCAUCCAGCCGGCCGCACAUGGUGGCCAUGGGUGAAUUCGGCCUCGACUAUGACCGGCUAAAUUACUGCAAUAGGGUGAUCCAGAAGCACUCAUUUGCGGCACAGCUACGUGUCGCCGCCUCGCUGCAGCCCCAACUGCCAUUGUUUCUGCACUCGCGAGCCGCCCACGGCGACUUUGUGGCCAUUUUAAAGAGCGUAUUUGGCGAAAGGUUAGAACACCUUGACAAGGGCGGCGUCGUGCACAGCUUUACGGGCACCAUGGAGGAAAUGACGGAGCUGAUGGAACUGGGACUGUACAUUGGCAUCAACGGGUGCAGCUUCAAGACGGAGGAGAAUUGUCAAGUCGUCAAGGCCGUCCGUCUCGACCGGCUCAUGAUUGAGACGGAUGGUCCGUGGUGUGAAGUCCGCCCCAGCCACCAAGGAUACAAGUACCUGGUGGAGGAAAGCGCCGAGCACUUUCCUGUGCAGAACGGAACGGUGGUGCCCGAGCCGGGGACAAAACAGCCCGGGAGACAAAAGAAUGAGAAGAAGCGGUCCCAAUUACCAGACCGCUUCAAGGUCGUCAAGAAGGAAAAGUGGGAAGAAGGCGCCAUGGUCAAGGGCAGAAACGAACCAUGCACCAUUGAGCGCGUGGCCCAGAUCAUCGCUGCCAUCAAGGGCGUCAGAGUUGAAGACGUCUGUGAGGCAGCCUGGAAGAAUACUGUUCACGUCUUCGGACUCGAGGAAACGAUAUAG